UCAGAGAGUUCCAAGUUGCAAGAAGAAUGGGUCGUCACACGAGACCUCUGAGAAAAAAAAAAUCCAAAAUGGGGAAACAAAGAAAAGAAGAAAGUGUCAAAAGCCAUAAUGAAUGCCUACAUUACUUAGAUGAACCGUGUAUUCUCGAUUUACCCAAACAUGGUCUUUCUCCUUUUCUCCACACGCUCUUCUUCUUCUCUCCUCCAAAAACCUUCAUAUAUAACCCCAAACCUCAAUAUCAAGGGAGUGUUACAUUUAUCCCAAGACAAGACAUGAAGAUUCCUUUUUUCACUUGCUUCUCUUCACCCACCAAAGAACAAAACGAAAGCGACUACCCAGAGGAAGAGAUCAAUGAUGGGAGCUUCCGCUUGUUCACUUAUGGCGAAUUAAAAUUGGCCACGCGAAAUUUUCAUUCCUCGGAGAAGGUUGGAGAAGGUGGCUUUGGCUCUGUCUAUAAGGGGAGGCUUCUGGAUGGUUCUCUUGUGGCUGUGAAGGUGCUUUCGGUUGAGGUGGAAUCCAUGCGAGGAGAGAGGGAAUUUGUGGCGGAAUUGGCUACACUUGCAAACAUCAAACACCAAAAUCUUGUAAGCUUGAAAGGGUGUUGCGUGGAAGGUGUUCAUAGGUAUUUGGUGUAUGAUUAUAUGGAGAACAACAGCCUCUACAAAACUUUCUUAGGUUCGGAGGAGAGAAGAAUGAGAUUCAGCUGGGAAACAAGGAGGGAAGUAUCUAUAGGAGUGGCUCGGGGACUUGACUUUCUCCACGAAGAGCUUAAGCCUCAUAUCGUACACAGAGACAUCAAAGCCAAAAAUAUUCUUCUUGAUCAGAAUUUCACCCCAAAGGUUUCGGAUUUCGGUUUGGCAAAAUUGCUGAGAGACGAAGCUUCUUACAUCAGCACUCGUGUUGCAGGGACAUUGGGUUAUCUAGCUCCAGAAUAUGCGAAUUCCGGACAGGUUUCAAGAAAAUCCGAUGUUUACAGCUUCGGAGUGUUACUUCUGCAAAUGGUGAGUGGCCUAGCAGUGGUGGAUGCGUAUCAAGACAUUGAACGUUUCAUAGUGGAGAAGGCGUGGGCAGCUUAUCAAUCUAACGAUCUGUUAAAACUGGUGGAUCCCAUGUUGAACAAGAAUUUUCCCGAGGAGGAGGCCAUAAAGUUCUUGAAGGUGGGGCUACUUUGUGUGCAAGAAACAGCGAAGCUUCGGCCACGAAUGUCAGAGGUGGUGGAGAAGUUCACCAACAACGUUGAUAUGAAAGAUGUUAAGAUUUCGAAACCAGGGUUCGUUGCUGAUCUGAGGAACAUCAGAAUCAGAAACCAAAACUCGUCCCCGGAAACAAGUUCUGCUGGAGCAACCUUCGCAAGCUCCAUUUGGAGUUCAGCCAAUCUUGCUCGUUAGUUAGAUUAUUGAACAUGUUUUAGGAUAGGAUCUUAGCUAAUUGGUCACAUUCUGAAGACCAAUGACACGGAUUCACACAGUGUUUAUAGUCA